CCUCAACUAACCGACUGAGCAAGCCAUAAAGGAUUCGACAAAAGGACAAGAAACUGCUGGAAAACUGCAAAGGAGUCGAUAAAUGAGCAUCAUCAUCAUCUCUCUCUUUUUUCUUUUCUCAAUGGAUCAUUGCUGAUUCAAAAGCCGUUUUAACUUUUAAAACACAAUCAGCAUCAUCGUCUCCAUCUCAUUCACCGCUGAAUUAUCUUUAUAUUCACACAAUUGCUGCACUGGAGAAAUAUAUAAAACCCAGAGAUGGAAAGGAUGAGCUGGGCCUUGGUGUGGCUGAGCUUGGCCUUCAAUUUGGUGGUGGCAAUCUCAGUGUGUGAUGGCCAGUUUCCGGCGAUGUUUGUGAUGGGGGAUUCCUUGGUGGAUAAUGGGAACAAUAACGGCUUAAGUUCAUUGGCAAAAUCCAAUUAUCCUCCCUAUGGUAUUGAUUUUCAUCAGGGGGGUCCAACGGGGAGGUUCACCAACGGUAAAACCAUCAUUGAUCUCCUUGGGGAUUUGCUAGGCCUUCCACUUCUUCCAGCCUUCACCGUAACUUUCACCGGCCAACAAGGCAUUUGGGUCGGAGUAAACUAUGCUUCAGCAGCAGCCGGGAUCCUUGAUGAAAGUGGCCUAAAUCUAGGGGACAGGUUCAGCUUAAGGCAACAGGUAGAGAAUUUCAAAAGCACAUUGAACCAGCUUAGAAACCAAAUGGAGCAGGACACACUGAACCAAUAUUUGGCCAAGUCUUUAGUUGUCAUCAACAUCGGCAGCAAUGACUACAUCAAUAAUUAUCUCAUGCCCUCUAUUUAUUCCUCAAGCUCCACUUACACUCCCGAAGCUUUCGCUGAACAUCUAAUAAAUGACUAUGAUGCUCAAAUAAUGGCACUAUACAACUUGGGGCUCAGAAAGUUUUUGUUGGCGGCCAUUGGACCACUCGGUUGCAUUCCAAACCAGCUGGCCAAAGGCUUUGCGCCGCCGGGGAAGUGUGUGUCGGCUGUGAACGAUAUGGUGGAAAUUUUCAACCGGCGGCUUAAGAAUCUUGUUGAUCAGUUGAAUCAUGGUAACUACACCGAGGCUAUUUUUGUUUAUGGCAAUACAUAUGGAGCCUUCAAUGACAUAUUGGGUAAUCCGGCUACUUACGGAUUUAAAGUGGUGGAUAAAGGGUGUUGUGGGGUUGGAAGAAACAAAGGGCAAAUAACGUGUCUUCCAUUUUCAAUCCCAUGCACGAAUAGGGACGAAUACGUGUUUUGGGAUGCUUACCAUCCAACCCAAGCUUUCAAUAAGAUUAUAGCUCAAAAGGCAUAUUCAGGCCCUCAAUCUGCAUGCUAUCCCAUCAAUGUUAAGCAAAUGGCUCAACUCUAGGGAUUGCAAUAUCCCAGCUGCUUCAAACCAAGAGUUUCUUUUUUUCUUUUUUUGGGUGAAUAAGGAUAGUGGAAUAUGGAAAUUUUGGUAAACUGCACAAUUUUUAAAAUAAUUAUGGCACUCCUUAUAAUACUAUAUAAUAUCAAUUUUAUA